AUGCCCGAUACCAAGCGUCCCGGCCAGGACAAUGUCUCUGAGGACGUCUGGACCCUCUUCAAGCAGCUCCGUAUCGACAACCUCGUCGACGCCAUCAAAGAAACUACAUUUAGCGACUUUGAGCAUCUCACCAGCAUCGUCAAAGGCCGCGAGUUGAACCUUGAGACCUUCACGUUGCUCAUCUCAGAAGCCAACAAGACUCGCACCGGAAAGGCUAUGCGCACUACCAUCGGCCUGGCGGUCUGCGUUGUCCUCUUCGUUUACCCCAUGGCGAUUGUCUCACCUUUCCUGGCUACUCUGGGUUUCACCAACGCUGGACCUGCAGCUGGUAAGAAGCUUCACUUGGACCUACUCUACCUCGACUACUAA